UCUGCAUUAGAAAACAGCUGUUCGGGCGAAUAGUUUUUUUUUGUGAGAAGUUCUUAAGGAAAAACUUCAACAAACGUAGUGUUAGUGUACCAUGAACUGAGCUGCGGGCUCCGCGUAAUCCGUACGCCCCCCCGGCACCGCGAACCGAGAUGAAUCUGCGGCCGCGCUGCCGAAAGUGGCUGCCACUGGCCACCCAGCAGCUUCGACUGCGGAACCUGGCGCGAAUUCAGGGAUUCAAUAUUGUGUCCGGGCCGCAGGAACGUUCGUUGGAGCAGGUGGAACCGGACGAUGUGCUCCUCUACUACACUCUGCACACGGACAAGGACAGCGAGGCAUUCUACACCAGCGAAAAGCUGCCACUGCGGCACCAGCAGCAAAAGUGGGCGGAGAUCUGUGCGGAUGACGAGGCCUGGCGGAAAACCAAUGCGCAGUGUGUGUGCGUCAAGGUCUGGAAGCAUUUUUCGGCAGAGAGGAGAGAUGGCCAACCGGCUGAGACUGACCACAGGACUAAAGAGAUGUGCGGAAGGUCCCAACUAACGCCCAGCAGGCUGCCACGCCCACCCGAGCUGCUCUUCAGCUGGGGCGUUUACUUCUCCGGCCUCAUACCCCUGUCACCCCUCACCCUGGCUCAGUGUGGCCCAAACUGUCUGGUUUUCCAGUUAAAUGGCGAGCAGUUUGCCUCGCCGUCGAUGAUAAGCGAACAGGGUUUGCAGUCGCAGCUGCAUUUGCACUAUCAAAACUAUGCGGCUGAUGAGGAGCGGGAGGAGCCGCAGGAUGAGGGCAUCAACUCCCCGGCCGUCAGUCGCAGUUCCAGUCCCGUGCUGCGGAUGAGCACCAUGCGUUAUGCCCAGCUAAAGUGCCAACAGCAGGAGAUCCGGCGCAGCAUCAACCUGGAGAAACUGCUUAUGCUACAACGUCUGCAGCGUUUGCAGCAGCAGAAACAACGUCAGAUGACAGAAAUCUGCAGGGAAAUCGCCCGUCUUAGUGUGCACUGUGUGACUAAAAACGAACUGCGCCUGAAGCCCCGCACCACAUCUCUUUCGGGGGACCACUCCGCCCACCAUCACCAUUCCAUGGGUCGCGCCCUGAGCGUGCUGCUUGCCGAGCAGCAGCAGAUCGCGCCCCUCACGCUUUACAAGGCCCAGCAGCUGACCAGAAGGAUCGAAGCGCUAAGCAGCCAGAAACGACUGCUACAAGCGGAACGGGAGACGUUUCGCCAGCGCAACGAGCGGGCGCGUCAACGUCUGGAAGAGAUGCGGGAACAACGCGAGGCCCUACAGCACCAGCUUCAUUUUCAGCUACAUAGCCUGGAGUCCGAGCGCCUGGAACUGCGCUCCUUGGCACCCCAACAUAUUGCACAGCGAGAUCAAAGACGACAGAUAGUUCGGCAGGUGGAGCGACGAAUGUCCACUCUGGUUCUGGAGCUACAGGAGAUCUACAACAUCAAGAACGUGGGCGGACAGCAGUUCAGCAUCUGCGGCAUCGCCUUCCCCCACAUGGAACAAUAUACAAGCGAGUCCCGCCAGGCGGCCAACGCACAGCUGCUGGAAAACGUCUCGCCGCUGGCGGUGAGUGCGGCCCUAGGCUACGUGGCCCAUUUGGUGCAGAUGCUAGCCAUCAUCAUGGAUCGGCCGCUGAGGAACCGAAUUGUAUACGAGCCAUCGCGGGCAAGGAUUGUGGACGAUAUCAAGGAGCUGACCUACACCACCAGGGAGUUUCCCCUGUACACGCGCUCCAUUUUGCCGUCGCAGCAGACCAAGUAUGCCAUUUAUCUGCUGCGCCAGAACGUUUCCCAGCUGUGUUUCGACAUCACCGGUCACUGCGAUCUGCGCAAUACCUUUGGCAAUCUACUGGAGUUGUUCAGUACUCUUCGCUACAUCGAACGAACGCAGAGGGAUGAGAGCGACGAACGGGAAGGGGAUAAAGUGGAUGCUGGUGGUGGAGGAGCACGCCUGGCCAACGGCCUGACUGCACCGCACCUCUCGCAGUCGCAUUCGUCGGUGGACAUAAACCACGUGCCACUGCCGACCAGCGCCAAUGCGGUCAAGGAUGCGCUGCUCCAGCAGCUGCUGCCUCCGGGCGUGAGUCAAGCCCUGGCCAUCGAGGGCUAUGCGUCAACCCAACGCAUUUGUCGUUCGGUGGGCUCCUAUUCGGACGGUGAGGACGAAUUUCGGCCCCGGCUGGAGCACAAUUAUUCCAAUUCGGACUCCAACAUAACGCUGCAGACGGAGCGUAGCUGAGCUAGUGCAGCUUAUCCAAAUAUCUAAUAUCCAAGAAAUCAGCAGCCUGCUCUGGCGGCUGUCAUUGUGGAUUGGUCCCGUAUUAGUUGGAAAUAAUUUGUAUACUUUUAAAUUAUGAAAGUCAACGGUAAGGUCAAACUUCAAACGCGUCCACUGCGGGCAUAUUAUUUUUAGUUGUUUAAGAUCUCUGUGUAAAUUCCCGUUCAUUGUUUGUUUGCUAUUGUAAGCUACGAAUAAACAAUUAAUAUUUUAUAUACGUAAAA